UCCUCUCCCUUCAAACACACAAAAUAUAUGGAACUCCUUUUCCCUUACUUUUCUCACGCCAAAAAUCUUUCUUUCCUCCUUAUAAAAGCAAAUUAACACAAACCCUUCUCUAGCGUGUGCUUGCCUUAGCGCCUCCUCUUCCUCACUACACUUAACCCUACCUCUCUUUCUCUCACCACCACACAUUCCAAGAUAACCCUUUUCAUCCAUCAAUCAAUCUUCCUCUUCAUCUUUCUCUGUUUUUUUCCUUUUCAAAAAUCUACAUACAAAUACCAAAACUGAAGCCUUUGUUUGGACUUGAAUAGCUUCUUAUCCCAACCCCAGAUUUCAUUUUUCUCUUCUUUCUGGGUAUUCUCAUAAAAGAUCAAAACUUUUUUGUUUUUUCCUUUCUGGGUUUCCUUUAUAUUCAACCGUAAAUGGCAAUUUCUUAUCCCCAGUUCAUUGUCUCGGAGAAAUCUCCCAUGGAAGCCAAAAUUAUAGUCCCUUCUUCUUCUUCCUCUGCUUCUCAAGCUUCUCCUUCUCCUCCUCCUCCUUCUUCAUCUAUGUCCCCAGUGGUUCUCACCCAAGACGAGCUCAAGAAAAUCGCAGCCUAUAAAGCUGUGGAGUAUGUUGAAUCCAACAUGGUUAUUGGCCUUGGUACUGGCUCCACAGCCAAACACGCUGUGGAUAGAAUCGCUGAGCUUUUGAACCAAGGUAAGCUUCGCAACAUUGUAGGCAUACCCACAUCGAAAAAAACUUAUGACCAGGCUGUCUCUCUUGGAAUCCCUCUCUCUGAUCUCAAUUCUCACCCAGCAGUCGAUUUGUCAAUCGAUGGUGCUGAUGAGGUUGACCCUUUUCUUAACCUUGUUAAAGGCCGAGGUGGGUCGCUUUUGAGAGAAAAAAUGGUGGAGAGCUCGAGCAAGAAAUUCGUUGUGAUUGUUGAUGAGUCAAAGAUGGUUGAGCAUUUGGGUGGGAGUGGUCUAGCUAUGCCUGUUGAGGUUGUGCCAUAUGGUGAUCUGGCCGUUGCUAAAAGUCUUCAGGCUUUGUUUGAGGACUCUGGUUGUGUUGCAAAGCGUAGAACUUUGGAUUUGGAUGGGAAGGUGCCCUUUAUUACAGACAAUGGGAAUCACAUUGUGGAAUUGUUUUUCAAGAAGGAUAUUGGGGAUUUGAAUACUGCAAGCGAUAAGAUUUUGAGGAUUCCUGGUGUUGUGGAGCAUGGGAUGUUUCUUGGCUUGGCAACCACUGUGAUUGUAGCUGGAGAGCUUGGUGUCAGGGUGGAGAAUAAGUCUUAAUUCAUUUUUAUCACCAUGAUGAUUUAUCUAACAAUAAAUUCAUGGCUUUUGAGGCAAAAAUAGGGGGGGGAAAGGUUAAAUUUUGAUGAUUAAUGUAAUAGGGAGGAAGGGUUUUUAUUUUAUUUUAGGAUCAUUGAUAUAGUAGAAUCUGUGGGGAGGAUCCCCUCAAGUUUUGUUUUCGUUCUCAGAUAAAUAAUUAGCAAGGAAGGAUUAGGAGAUUUGUUAUCUUUGUUGGCAGCUGAAUGAGCAGCCUUUUAAAUGUUGAGGCUGUAAUGCCCUUUUUUGGAAAUGAAAGCUUCUUCAUUGUCUAUUGGAUGUUUCAGCUUUUAUGCUUU